AUGGCUGAGGUCGACGAAACUUUGAAGAAGAAGCGUACCUUCAGGAAGUUUACCUUCCGAGGUGUCGACUUGGAUCAGCUUCUUGAUAUGCCCAAUGAACAACUUAUGGAAUUAAUGCACGCUCGUGCACGAAGGCGGUUUGCUCGUGGUCUUAAAAGGAAGCCUAUGGCUUUAGUUAAAAAACUACGUCGUGCCAAGAAAGAAGCACCACCAAAUGAAAAACCCGAAAUUGUCAAGACACACUUGAGGAACAUGAUCAUUGUCCCAGAAAUGGUUGGAUCUAUUGUCGGUAUUUACAAUGGAAAGACAUUCAAUCAGGUUGAAAUCAAGCCUGAGAUGAUCGGCCACUAUCUAGGCGAGUUCUCUGUAACAUACAAGCCCGUCAAACACGGUAGGCCUGGUAUUGGUGCCACCCACAGCUCCAGGUUCAUUCCUCUCAAGUAG